AUGGAAACGAUUUCAAAAAAAAAAAAUAAUUUUUUUUUUAUUUUUCUGUCGCGCUCUGUUUCUAAACCUGUAUUAACAUCUCCGAUGUUAUCAAAGGAUCCACCGAGGAUUUUGAUAACGGGAAGUUUAGGACAAUUGGGUUUGGAAUUAACAAAAUAUCUUAGAAAAAUUUACGGUACGGAAAAUGUCAUCAUGUCUGAUAUAAUAAAACCGACGAAACAAGUUGCCGAAAGUGGACCCUACAUAUUUGCUGACAUAUUGGAUUUUAAAGGAUUACAAGAUAUCGUCGUGUCACACAGAAUCGAUUGGUUGAUACAUUUUAGUGCUUUAUUGAGUGCAGUAGGUGAGCAAAACGUACCCUUGGCAGUUAGAGUAAACAUAGAAGGAUUACAUAACGUCAUAGAAUUGGCAAAACAAUAUAAAUUAAAAAUAUUCGUACCGAGUACCAUCGGUGCUUUCGGACCGGAUUCACCGAGAAAUCCAACACCGAACGUGACAAUUCAAAGACCCAAAACGAUUUACGGUGUGUCAAAAGUACACGCCGAACUUUUAGGAGAAUAUUAUCAUCAUAAAUUCGGUUUGGAUUUUCGUUGUUUGAGAUUUCCCGGUGUUAUUUCAUCCGAUCCUCCAGGUGGUGGUACUACGGAUUAUGCCAUCGCCAUUUUUCACGAAAUAUUAAAAACGGGAAAAUACGAAUGUUAUUUGGAACCCAACACUUUACUACCCAUGAUGUACAUUGAUGAUUGUUUGAGAUCGAUAUCGGAAUUUUUAGUCGCACCCAAUCAUCUUCUCAAACACAGGGUGUAUAACGUGACCGCCAUGAGUUUUACACCCAAGGAACUUUUUGAUGAAAUUAAAAAAUAUCAACCCUCGGCUGAAAUAACUUUUAAACCCGAUGGAAGGCAAAUAAUUGCCGAUUCUUGGCCACAAGUUUUCGACGAUAGCGAAGCGAGAAACGAUUGGGGUUGGCAAAAUAAAUACGGUUUAAGUGAACUUGUCGAAUUCAUGUUGAAAGACGUUAAAAAAUAUUUAAAAACUUGA